GGACAGGGUUUAAAGGGAGCGGCGGUAGCGUGAAGGAGCGGCCGUCGGUUUGGCUGGAGAUUGGAGUUGUUCUGUGCGGAGCUGCUGCAGCGGCCCCCUCGUGUCCGUACCCAUGCCGCUGCCGGUGACCCGCCGUGCCCCUGUCACUAGAGGGAUGGAGAAUGCUGUGUCUGACCUUAGAAGUAAAGCGAAAACUCACGUGACUGGCAAAAGAGCUGCUUUAGAAGAAAUAGGAAAUAAAGUUGCAACAAGAGGAACACAGAUACCUAAGAAAACAGAAUGCCCCAAAGCAUCCAUAAAGCCUGCGAGAGGACCUAGCAAGACGACAAAUGGAAUUGUACUGCCUAAAGCUCCAGCUGUUGUAAAUCAAGCAAACAAUGAAACAGAUGUUCCAAAGGUUCCUAUGUCUCCUGUCCCUAUGGAUGUAUCAAUGCAAGAGGAGGAUUUGUGCCAAGCCUUCUCUGAUGUAUUGCUCAACAAUGUAGAAGACAUUGAUGCUGAGGACUGGGAGAACCCCCAGCUGUGCAGUGACUACGUAAAAGACAUCUACCUGUACCUGAGGGAGCUCGAGCUGCAGCAGUCGGUGCGCCCGCACUACCUGGAGGGGAGGACGACCAACGGGCGCAUGCGCGCCAUCCUGGUGGACUGGCUCGUCCAGGUGCACUCGAGGUUCCGCCUCCUGCAGGAGACGCUCUACAUGUGCGUGGCCAUCAUGGACCGCUUCUUGCAGAGUUAUCCAGUACCUCGCAAGAAGCUUCAGCUGGUGGGUGUAACAGCACUACUUGUAGCUUCAAAAUAUGAAGAGAUACUGUCUCCUGAUAUAGCAGACUUUGUUUACAUUACCGACAAUGCCUACACCAGUAAUGAAAUCAGAGAAAUGGAAAUGAUCAUUCUUAAAGAAUUAAACUUUGACCUGGGGCGACCUCUUCCAAUUCACUUCUUAAGAAGAGCAUCAAAAGCUGGAGAGGCUGAUGCUAAGCAACACACUCUAGCAAAAUACCUGAUGGAGCUGACACUAAUAGACUAUGACAUGGUUCACCACCGGCCUUCAGAGAUCGCAGCUGCUGCACUGUGCCUGUCUCAGAAGGUUUUGGGACAAAACAAAUGGGGUGUAAAGCAGCAGUACUACACUGGCUAUGCAGAAGACAGUCUUGUGAUGACCAUGAAACAUAUGGCCAAGAAUGUAGUCAAAGUAAAUGAGAAGUUAACCAAAUAUAUUGCUAUCAAGAACAAGUAUGCAAGCAGCAAACUACUGACCAUCAGCACCAUCCCUCAGUUGAACAGUGAGAUGAUCAAGAAUCUGGCUGCAUCACUCCUGUGAAGCCCUGGGCAGCCAGGGCCUGAUGGGGUGUGCACUUUGUCUGUCUGCUGCUUUUGUACAUAGCACUCCAGCCUGCCACACACAGUUCCGACUCACACAGAAGGUGACAUUUUAAAUUUGCUUUGUAGUAAUACAGCUUUCUAUCUAAAAAUAAAACUCCUUUCUUUUAAA